CACAAACUAUUAAUUUGUCAUUAAAGCAACAAAAGUAUCUUAAACUCAUUUCCCUACCAAAUUUCCUUCACCAAAAAGGAUAAAAAGAAAUGGAAAAAUGCGGUGGAAAAUAUGGACCGUGUCCAGGAAGUGCCACCUACCGUUUGGAUAAAUUAAACUGCAAGCUAAAAUGCCUAAAAGGCAACGCGGCCGGCACGAGAUGCAUCGUAAAAAAGCUCCGAAACGUAAUCAAAGAACGCAACAAAGAAAGAGAUCACUACCAUCAUCAUAACAAAUGUUCGCCAUUAAACUGCACCUUGAAACGUUGCCCGGAUCCGUGCGGUCCGCAUCCUUGCAGCGUUGAAAAUACCUGCCCCAAGUACAUAGAAGAAGUGUGCAGCAAAUACCGCACCCUGUGGAUGCACUUGUGCCAAACCAUGACCGAAAGAUCGUUCCUCGUGUGGGAAAACGACGAUCUACAACAACAAAUCGACAGGCUGACCGACCAAUACAUAACGCCUCACGACGAUAGGGAAAUAUGCAUUUGCUGCAGCAACGCCAAACCGGGCUACAUAAAAUGCGCUUGUUGCGACUGCCGAGACGACGAGAAGGACGUCUGCAUUUGCAACAAGAGCGAAGAAUCCGAUGAUGAAAGCGAAGCAUCUAAAAAUUACGGUAUAAUCGACUAUUGCGAAUUGUUAAAACUUAAAUCUCAAACAUUUCCAUACAAAUAAUUGUAAUCUCCCUUUGUGCAUCUAUCAGUAGGUUUAAAAAGU